GGAUAUUGGAAGCGCCUUUUACAAGUUGAAUUCAAUAUGUUAAAUAUCGUGAAUCACCUACCACAAAAGUACUGUGAGAAUAUUCUCGUUGCACAUAAUGAUCAUGAUAUGGUAUAUCAAGUUAGAGGGUUUCAACUACACUCAAUUCAUUUAACAUCUAUGCAAGUCGAUAAUAAUAAAGAUAACUGUAAAAAGUUAUCUGUUGAAACAAAUCUUGUCGAUAUCGACUAUUCACCGGGGAUAAAUUCUUUACUAAGCUGUUCUGAUAAAGGGGAUAUACAUAUAUGGGAUUUAAGAGACGGUAAACAGCAACCCUCAGUGCAGACACAUAAACAGUUGAUUAACGCGCCAUUCACCUGUUGUUCUAUCAGUCCAGAUGGUAGUCUAGUUUGUUGUGGUACAGAAGUAUGCAGAGUAAAAAAAUCCCACAAAAAAAAGCGUCGAAAACGUCAUGACUCUAUUGAUAGUAGUGAAAUGGAUGAAGAUACAGCUCAUUUAGUUUAUUGGGAUACCCGCAAUUUAUCAUCUCCGUUGGGUAGUAUUAAAGACUUUCAUUCAGAUGAUAUUGUUGAUGUGAAAUUUGAUCCCACAUCAGUACCGGGUUAUCUGCGUCUAAUGGAUUGUUCUGAAGAUGGCUUAGUGUGUUUGUUCGACAUGAAAGCCGCGUCAGCAUCCGAUGAAAAUCCUCUUUUAUAUAUGUUUAAUUCAGAAUCAGUGACUAGUUCUUGUGGUUGGUUGUUAUCGUCUAAUAAUUCAACUGACUGUCUUAUUGGUGUCUAUUGUACAACUAUAAUGAGAUCAAAUGUUAAAGUUUGGCCAAUACAUCCAUCAAUGUUACUACAAUCGAAUAAAGAAUUAAAUUUAUCAGAAAAAGAACAAAAACAAUUAAAUGAUACAACUAAAUUAUGGAAUUCUAAAUUUAUUGAUUAUAAUUCAUUAAAAGGUCAUAACUUUUUCAGUGUAAUAAUUCAAGAUGAUAAAUUCAAAGAAUUUCUACUUCUUGGUGAAUAUGAUAAUCAAGACUGUCCAGCUAUUUUUUAUUCUAAUCCAAAUAAACCGAUUUGGAAUAUCUCUUGCCUAGGGAAUAAUAUAAAUAAUCAACAAGUGGAUAAUACAAAUUUCAACUUACAAUCUGCAGACUUUUUACAUAAAUCUAGUGAUAAUCAUAAAAAAUUCUGCUUUAUGAUUGGUUCACAGUCGACUGUUUUAUGUUCUUAUGAAAUAUCGACUGAAUAAUUGAUAUAAAGAUAUUGGUG